CUUGAAUUUUAAACCAAAUUAAGCAGUUAAAGUUCCUAAUUAAUAGUGAUAUCUGUUGAUCGCUUCUUGUUGCUUGAAUACUUUGGCUGGUUGUCAAGAUUUGAAGCUACGGGCUACAGCUAACCAGGGCUUUCAUUUCAUCAUUUGUCAAUGGUCUAGAUGUGCUUUAAUGAGAUCGUCGAUGCAGCAGAUCUUGAUGUCCUGGAUCACCCUACCCUAACUACACAUUACCUAUUGGUGGAGAUAUUGCCUUCUUCUCUGCUCCUCUUUAUCCCAAGAAAGCUUCCACCAAAACGAGGUUUCACACAGUAACUGAGAUUGUAGAUGGAGAUGUAUGCGGAGAAUCGAAAGAACGCGGUCUCAGAUGUUAAGAGUUAACAGUAUCGAGAAUCCGGUUCAGGAAUUAACCGAAAUCUCUCAGUCAACGGAAAAGAACUUUCGGAGUCAACAGUCAAUCAUCAUCUCCCCUUUUCCGUGUAUUCACAUGUCUUCACCUACUCCUCCGACAUUUGUUGAAUGUUCCGUCAAAGUUUCGAUUCUAAUAUCAUAAUUCACUUUUCUCUCUCUUCCUCUUGCGACAUGGGGGUUCUUCGCCAUUACUGGUCGGUGAUGAUCAUACUUGUUGUCGUAGAGCUCUGCAUCUACUCAUCAAGCUCUCAGAGCCUCACGUGCCAUCCACGUGACCUAGAGGCCUUGCGUGACUUCAUCAACGAGCUCGCCCCCAAACCAGAUAGUUGGACCUUCAGUUCAAGUGGAGAUUGCUGUGAGUGGGAGGGGAUCACAUGUAGUAACUCUUCUUCUUCGCUUCGCUUAAACGAUCCGGAAAACACUGUGAGAGUCACCACGCUGAAGCUUGUGAACAAAAAGCUGUCCGGUAAGUUGUCUGAAUCUUUUGGGCGGCUGCAUCAGCUUAGAGUUCUAAAUCUCUCUUGCAACUUCGUCUCAGGCUCCAUCCCUUCUUCGGUUUUCAAUCUCAAAAACUUAGAAGCUCUAGAUUUGAGCUCUAAUCUCUUCACUGGGUUAAUCCCUGAGAGUUUGAAUCUUCCUUCACUGAAAAGUCUCAGUCUUUCAUCAAACAUGUUGAACGGUUCGCUUCCUGUGCAUAUAUGUCACAACUCUACCGACCUUAAGCUGAUCAGACUCGAGUCCAACAGAUGCUCCGGAGACUUUCCAUCUGGGUUCAAGAAAUGUGCUCUGCUCCAACAUCUCUUCCUUAGCGGGAACGAACUCACUGGUAACAUACCUGAGGAUCUCUUUCACCUUCAAAGGUUGAGUCUUUUGGAGAUUCAAGAGAACGGUCUCUCUGGUUCGCUCAGUCCUGCGCUUGGUAACCUCUCCAGCCUCGUUCAUAUCGAUGUCUCAUCGAAUAGAUUCUCUGGGGAGAUCCCUGAUGUGUUCAAGAAACUGUCAAAUCUAGAGUAUCUAAUGGCUGAGUCUAAUAGAUUCACAGGAGGGAUCCCUAAGUCCUUGGCAAAUUCAAAAACUUUGAGAUUGUUGAACUUGAGGAACAACUCAUUGAGUGGUCCUUUGUAUCUGCACUGUGCUGUGAUGACUAACUUAACCUCACUUGAUCUGGGGUCUAAUAAGUUCAAUAGCUCUUUGCCGGAACAUCUACCGUCUUGCAGACAACUGAGUUACGUUAGUCUAGCGCGGAACCAAUAUGAUGGGCAGGUCCCAGAGAGCUUCAAGGACUUCCAUAGCUUGUCUUAUUUAUCUCUCUCAAACUGCAGUCUUGUUAACAUUUCAUCAACUCUUCACAUUCUUCAGCACUGCAAGAACCUGACAACUCUGGUUCUUUCUUUAAACUUCCAUGGAGAGAUGUUGCCUGAUGACCCGAGUCUUCGUUUCAAAAAGCUCAAGGUACUUGUUGUUCCGAAUUCUAGGCUUACUGGUUCAAUGCCAAGAUGGUUGAGCAAGAGCAGUAAUCUAGAGCUGUUGGAUCUCUCGUGGAACAGUUUAACCGGAGCUAUACCAAAUUGGAUCGGUGGUUUCACCAAUCUUUUCUACUUGGAUUUGUCGAACAACUCCUUCACAGGAGAGAUCCCAAAGAGUUUGACACGGCUGCAUAGCCUCAUAAGCCAAGAAAUUUCAGUUGAGGAGCCGUAUCCAGAUUUCUCAUUCUACUUGUAUAGAUUUGGAAGAGCUCAGCCAUACAAUCAUGUUUUCAGAUUUCCACCAACGCUUGAACUCAGCCUAAACAAUCUCUCUGGACCCAUUUGGGAGGAGUUUGGAAACUUGAAGAGCCUCCAUGUUUUUAACCUGAAUGACAACAGAUUAUCAGGACAUAUCCCUAGCUCGCUUUCAGGAAUGACAAGCUUGGAGGUUCUUGAUCUGUCAAAUAACCAUCUUUCCGGUUCAAUCUCGUUAUCUCUGCAGAACCUAACAUUCCUGUCCAAGUUCAGUGUUGCAAACAAUAGUCUCUCAGGGAGAAUCCCUACUGGUGGUCAGUUUCAAACGUUUCCGAACUCGAGCUUCGAGGGCAACCAUGUUUGUGGUGACCACCGCGGGUUUGAUUGCCAAGCAGAUACACCAGACCUACAACCACCAAAUACCAGUGAUGAGAGUGACAACAGUGGUGGUGACUUUGCCUUGGAUUUUUCAUAUGGAGUGGCUCUUGGGUUUGGUUUAUCGUUUGUUGUUGUUAUUGCUUUCCGUCAGAAGCUGUUUCGAUUUUAAUCUUCACAGCAUCAACGUUCAUGUUACACAAUUUACCACAAUGUUUGAUUAUGGGACUGUUUAUGUCAAUAAAUAAUGUAGAUACUCUGUUUUACUCA